AUGUCCAAUUUCCCUCAAGUAUCGGAGGCUCGCCAGAAGAGUUUGCAGCAGUCAUAUGAAGCUGUGUUGAGCCAGGUAAAUCUGAUUUCGAGCACUCCUGUUAGACUUGUUGCAGUCUCCAAGCUCAAGCCGGCCUCGGAUAUCAUGGCGUUAUACAACGUUGGAGUUCGUCAUUUUGGAGAAAAUUACGUCCAGGAAUUGAUCACUAAGGCUCAAGAGUUGCCCAAGGAUAUUAACUGGCAUUUCAUUGGUGGUUUACAGUCGGGCAAGUGUAAAGACUUGGCCAGAGACAUAGAGCACUUGUACGCUGUGGAAACCAUCGACUCAUUUAAAAAGUGCAAAAAGUUGGAUACCAGUCGAACCAGUCAUGGUGGGUCGGAAAUCAACAUUUACUUACAGAUAAAUACAUCUGGGGAAGAACAAAAGUCCGGUUUCGCCUUGGACGAUCCAGAGUUGGACCAGACUGUGGAGUACUUGAAGUCAGAAGAGUGUAAGAGCUUGAAGCUCAAGGGUUUGAUGACUAUAGGCUCUUUCACUGAAUCCACUUCUGAAGGAGACGAAAAUCUCGAUUUCAAAAAGUUGGUGGAAUUGAAGCAAAGGCUUCAAGGAACGCAUGGUGUCGAGUUGGAGCUUAGUAUGGGCAUGAGUAGCGACUUUAUACAGGCUAUCAAGCAAGGAAGUUCGAGUGUUAGAGUGGGUACUGCCAUUUUUGGGGAGAGACCACCAAGGAACUGA